AUGUUGGCACUAUUGGCUUUCGCCACAGUUCUUUGCUCUUCUUCCUUCGUUGAAGGUUGCGGAACCCGAAUCUCAGGAGCACGUGUGGUGGGUGGCGAUGAUGCAGCCCCUCAUUCUUGGCCAUGGCAGAUAUCCCUCAGGGUCCGUGGAACUAAUCACAUAUGCGGGGGCUCCCUUAUUAAACCCAAUUGGGUGAUAACUGCUGCGCACUGUGUUAGCGGAAAUCUCAGGCCAAGUUCAUACACGGUUGUCGUCGGGGCACAUAAAAGGCUAGGUGUGACCGCUGUCCAAAAAUCACAUAAAGUAAAGAAGGUCAUCCGACAUAGAGGAUUCAGUAUGCGUCACUUGAAAAAUGACAUAGCCCUUUUGGAGUUGGAACAACCCGUUAUGUUAAGCAACAAGGUGAACUUGGUAUGUCUUCCAUCGAGGGGAAGCAGCGCAGUUGUGGGAUCAAAGUGUUACAUUACUGGCUGGGGAAGAACUGUGGGAGGAGGACCUGCUGCUAACAUUCUCCAACAAGGUAUGCUACCUGUUGUAUCAGACGCCCGAUGCAAGAAAAGGAACGGCAACCUUCUCCCUGUUGACAAGACAAGUAUGCUUUGUGCCGGAAGCGGAAAGAAAAAUCAACCCGGUGGUUGCCAAGGAGACAGCGGUGGCCCCUUUGUCUGUAAAGAAAAUGGCAAAUGGGUGCUUCGAGGUGCAGUGAGUUGGGGACAUAGAAUGUGCAAAACCACUAAAUACACUGUGUUUGCUCGCAUCAGUAACUUCAUCGACUGGAUAAAUCAGAACAUAUCUGGCGGUAACAGUGGUGGAAACACUAGCGGUAGGGCUUUUUAA